AUGUGGUUUCAACAGGAUGGUGCAACAUGUCAUACGGCCAUCGAAACUAUCGAUUUAUUGAAGGCUGCUCUCUUAAAUUUUCCAUUUGCAACGGUAUCAAAAUCGAAGAGUGCUCAUGCAGCAGAGCACUUGGCGCAAAAGAGCGGAAGCAUUGCCUUGGUUGGUCGCAAUACAGAACGACUGAACGAAGUGUGUGAUCGGAUUAAAAAUGCUGGUGCCCCAACACCACUCUUGAUUGUGGCGGACGUUUCAUCUGAAGCAGAACGAAUAAUCACUGAAACGAUAAAACAUUUUGGCAAAUUAGAUAUUUUAAUCAACAACGCUGGCAUUUUGUCAAGAGAUACCAUUGAAACCGUUGAUUUGGACGAGUAUGAACGCAUCAUAAAAACAAAUUAUGCAUGCAAUGCCAUUACAAAGAGCACAGCAUUGGAUUUGGCACCAAAAGUGAUUUUUGAAGGCAUCCGAGUAAACGCUUUCAAUCCAUGUGUUAUCAAAACCGGGAUACUCACAUCGGGCUUUCGACUUUCUUCAGAACAAGCUGAUGAAUUUGUAGACAGUCUCAAGAAUGUUUAUCCCGUUGGUAGAGCCGGCGAAUGCACCGAUACAUCGGCAGCCAUAGAGUAUUUGAUUAGCGAUUCCGCAUCUUUUCUUACUGAAAUACUAUUGCCUGUGGAUGGUGGCGAGAUGACAAAGUUUCACAUCUGAAUGCAUAGAAAAAAUUGUAUGAGGAAAAUUUUGAAUGUGAAUUGAAUUGAAAAGAAUAGCACACAAAAUAUAUAAAUAAACUUUUGAAAGGAUGAAUUAAAAAAAG